AUGCCUACUCGUAAGAGCCAGGUAAACAAGGCUACGAGUGCGGAAUGGAAGCCAAGCGCUGCGCAGUACCUCGUCAUGGCCACACUAUCCUCUCUCUCGUUGAUGGUCUCUCUCGAUGCCUCGAUCCUCGUGACAUCGCUCCAUGCGAUUAUUGUCGAUCUACGAAUAGAUACACCCCGGGGCUUCUGGAUUGCCACGUCAUACCUGCUUGCCAACACUAUUUCCAUGCCCUCCGCUGCGGCAUUGAGUGACAUAUUCGGGCGUCGGAAAUGUCUCUUUGUAUCUCUCGCCUUCUUCUCAGCGGGCUCUGUCCUGUGCUCUGUUGCACAGGGUAUUGCUGUGAUGCUUGUGGGGCGAUGCCUCCAGGGGAUUGGUGGCGGGGGCAUCAUUAUCUUGAGUCUUGUCAUUUUCACGGACAUAGUGCCGCUCCACUUCCGGCCGAAGUGGUACGCAAUGAUACUCGGAGCCUGGGCUCUGGGAAAUUGUACCGGCCCAACUAUCGGCGGCGCGAUUGCUGAAUAUACCACUUGGCGCUGGGUGUUCUACUUGGUCUUCCCCUUCUGUGGUGUUGGGUUUGUGACAAUCCUUCUAAUGCCGCAAACUUCAAUCCCAGAGAGUCGGCUCAGCAAUUUUGACUGGCUUGGCUGUGUUUCCUUUACCGCCUCUAUUACCUCGUUUCUCAUUGCCAUCUCAUGGGGCGGAGUACAGUACAGCUGGACAAGCGCCCCGACUCUUGCCCCGCUGGUUGCGGGUGUCUGUGGCUUAGCAGCUACGCUGUUCUUAGAGACACGCGUUAAGACGUCACCUUUCUUAUAUCUGCGCUUGUUCCGGAGCGUCCGUGCAACCGCACCUUACGUGUGUGGGCUACUUCAAGGUCUUCUGUUAUACGGCCAACUCUAUUACAUUCCAUUCUACUUCCAAUCUGUGAAAGGCUUUACCGCGCUUGAAACCGGUAAGGCCAUUAUACCCGUGGCGGUUGCUCUAGUGGUAGGCUCCAUAAUUUCGGGCAUAGUUAUCACAAGGCUCAGCCACUUCGGCUAUCCCAUAUGGGGUGGAUGGGGGCUAACAACACUUGCGACGGGACUCACUCUACUCUGGGACAGAGAUACGCACCAGGUCGUCUGGGUAGUCACUCUCCUCCUGCUCGGUCUUGGCCAUGGUGCGGUCCUGAACGCUCAGAACUUUGCAACCCAGCAGAUGGCUAGCGGCCCCGAGCAUGGCAUCGCCGCUGCUAUGUAUGGCUUUCUCCGGCAAUUUGGCAUGGCUCUAGGGGUUGCGGCCGGCACUGCUGCCUUUCAGAAUGUUAUGGCACUGAAACUGGAUUGGCAGGGUCUAUCUCAGGAAAUUGCCAUCCACAGUGAGAGUUACGUCGCCGAACUCUCUCUGCUUCCGGAUGAUAGCGAUACAAAGGCGCAGAUUCUCCAAGCAUAUCUCUAUGGUUUCCGUGGAGUAUUUGGCUUUUUCACAGCCGUUUCAGGUGUAGCUCUCUUAGUCAGUCUGCUGGCGAAGCCCAAGGAGAGCAGAGGCUGUCGGCGUCUCAACACAAGAUGAAUGGAGCGCUGCCUCGUCACAAGCCUAACUUAGCCUAGCCAGACAUAAACCUCUACGGCGCUUGUCAACUGGAGACGUAUUCUUCCCCCUACUCUUGCUGGUAAUCUAGCUCCUCAAGAAUCAAGCCGCGGCUCAGAUAUCGCCCUGCUACUUUCCUUGUUGUGUCACGGAGCUCAUGCGAUCCUGAUAC